AAAAAGAAAUUCCACUUCCGACUGACUGAGAGAACUGAAAACGGCGCUUUGCUUUACACUACUGCCAUAAACAUAACAUUGUAAAUUUAGUGCUUAUCAAUAAACUGUUCAGUGAUACGGUGAUCAAGAGGAAUACCCAAUUAUCAUCCAAAAUUUUCGGAUAAAAAGUAUUCCCACUGCAUUACAUACUGGAGUUGCUGUGUGAAGAUGCACUCAGAAAGGCCUGAGUAUGGCCAAAGGCCGCACCACGGUUACAGAGACAGAAGAUGGAGGGAUGAUUACCACGACCAAACGGAAGAUAGGCGUGAAUACCAUCGAGAUGUACAACGGGAUUCCUACCGUAAGCAUGGUUCUGGUAGAACAGAGAGGAGCAGCAUAAGUACCGACUAUAGUGAUUCACCUCAAAAGUACUACUCUAAGGACUCUAUGGACAGAGAUGGGGAUAGGAGGAGCCCAUUGAGGGGACGCUUGUCUUCCCCGGACAGGUGGGGUGCUGAAAAAAAUAGGCGAAGGUUCCCAGAUGACAGCCGUGGUGACUACAGCUAUAGAUACCCCACUGAUGACGCAAAAUACAUGCAAAACUCUAGAAGCUGGCAUAGAUCUGACGCGUUUCCUUCCAGGCAUUACCAGCCCUAUGAUUCCAAUCACAGACAACAGUGUACAUAUAAAAAUGAAAGCGAUAGAAACAACAGUCAUUCACUUGAGACGAAACUUUCACCAAAUUACUUGACAAAGAGCCAUGUAAAAUCCAGAGAAAGGAAGGAAAGCUCUCCCACAGAUCAUCAUCGAGCAAGGAAUUAUAUGGACGGAUCCAAGAGACAGUCUUACGAACGGAACCCCGACCAUGAUGUACCUGAGAAGAAGUUGUCCAAUGGCUUCCAACGAUUCCUUGACGUGCUCAAUAGAGGUGUGGAUGUGGAUGUACUUAACCAUAUUGUGAUUCAGACCCCUGCACAAGAUGGUCGUCAAACACCAUCUUUCUCUGAUGUGCUCGACCGUCCCUGUUUUCCAGGAGAGCAGAAACGGCUCGGAUCCCUCAGUCCAAAGAGGCGCUAUUCUUGUGAUGACACAUCAGUGAUGGAACGUGAGGCAGGACUUGGCUGCACGAAGUUCACGUCACCUCCUGCGGUGGAGAAGAAACCCCUGACACCUGAAGAGGCGUAUAAGCAGCAACAAAUUCAGGGCGUAUUGCAGGCCAUUGGGGUGGACUUAGGUUUCGAAGAACUUGGCCAAAUGUCUCACCGGAUUAAUGAGCGAUUGUAUGGAAAGAAAGAUGGCAGUUUGGGCUGCCAGAGAACGGGGAGCAGGGAGAGGCUCACUAGACCGGCCUACUCUCCAAGACGCCACAGCAGAUCAUCCUCCUCCUCAUCGGGCAAAUCUAAAUCUAAUGCUUUUCUAGACAGUCAAACAUGUAAAAUCCAAGAAACCAUUCCUCCAAAUGCCACCAUCCCACCAUUUAGAUUCCCUAUGCUCCCAUCACCAGCCUAUGGUCCAGUGAGCUCCUCCCCAAUUCUGUAUCCACCGGUUCUCCCCAACAUUCCCAAUGUUGGGCCCCGGCUUUUCUUUCCUCCCCUACCUCCUUGGCCUGGUCCACCUCCCUAUCUGCCUAACCCUUGUCUGUCACCUUUUAAUAUCCUUCCACCUGUCCUCCCUCAAACAAGAGACCUUCUCCCCCCACCACAAAAGCCAUCUAAAAUGCAACCUAGGAAUCGUUGUUUGCUGGAAAUAGAUACAAAAAAAUCCAAAUAAAUUAUGCAAAAUUUC